GUACCUCACACUGAGGACAAGGUACCGGACACUGAGGACAAGGUACCUGACACUGAGGACAAGGUACCUCACACUGAGGACAAGGUACCUCACACUGAGGACAAGGUACCUCACACUGAGGACAAGGUACCUCACACUAAGGAAAAGAUUCCAUACGCUGACGACAAGGUUCCUCAAGCUGAGGACAAGGUACCUCACACUGAGGACAAGGUACCUCACACUAAGGAAAAGGUUCCUCACGCUGAGGACAAGGUACCUCACACUGAGGACAAGGUUCCUCACACUGAGGACAAGGUUCCUCACGCUGAGGACAAGGUUCCUCACACUGAGGACAAGGUUCCUCACACUGAGGACAAGGUUCCUCACACUGAAGACAAAGGUUCCUCACGCUGAGGACAAGGUUCCUCACGCUGAGGACAAGGUUCCUCACGCUGAGGACAAGGUUCCUCACGCUGAGGACAAGGUUCCUCACUGAUGAGGACAAGGUUCCUCACGCUGAGGACAAGGUUCCUCACGCUGAGGACAAAGUACCUCACACUGAGGACAAGGUUCCUCACGCUGAAGAGAAGGUUCGUCACGCUGAGGACAAGGUUCCUCAUGCUGAGGACAAGGUUCCUCACGCUGAGGACAAGGUACCUCACACUGAGGACAAGGUACCUCACACUAAGGAAAAGAUUCCUCACGCUGAGGAUAAGGUUCCUCACUCUGAGGACAAGGUUCCUCACGCUGAGGACAAGGUUCUUCACGCUGAGGACAAGGUACCGCACACUAAGCAAAAGGUUCCUCACGCUGAGGACAAGGUACCUCACACUGAGGACAAGGUUCCUCACACUGAGGACAAGGUUCCUCACACUGAGGACAAGGUUCCUCACGCUGAGGACAAGGUACCUCACACUGAGGACAAGGUACCUCACACUGAGGACAAUUCCUCAAGUCUGAGGACAAGGAUCCUCACGCUGAGGACAAGGUUCCUCAUGCUGAGAACAAGGUUCCUCACGCUGAGGACUAGGUACCUCACACUAAGGAAAAGGUUCCAUACGCUGAGGACAAGGUUCCUCAAGCUGAGGACAAGGUACCUCACACUGAGGACAAGGUUCCUCACACUGAGGACAAGGCUCCUCACUCUGAGGACAAGGUUCCUCACGCUGAGGACAAGCUUCCUCAUGAUGAGGACACGGUUACUUAUGCUGAGGACAAGGUUCCUCACGCUGACGACGAGGUUCCUCACGCUGAGGACAAGGUUCCUCACGCUGAGGACAAGGUACUUCACACUAAGGAAAAGGUUCCUCACGCUGAGGACAAGGUACCUCACACGGAGGACAAGGUUCCUCACACUGAGCAAGGUUCCUCAUGCUGACGACAAGGUUCCUCACGCUGAGGACAAGGUACCUCACACUAAGGACAAGGUACCUCACACUGAGGACAAGGUUCCUCACGCUGAGGACAAGGUUCCUCAUGGUGAGGACAAGAUUCCUCACGCUGAGGACAAGGUUCCUCAUGUGACGACAAGAUUCCUCACGCUGAGGACAAGGUACCUCACACUGAUGACAAGGUACCUCACACUAUGGAAAAGGUUCCAUACGCGGAGGACAAGGUUCCUGAAGCUGAGGACAAGGUACCUCACGACAAGGUACCUCACACUGAGGACAAGGUUCCUCACGUUGAGGACAAGGGACCUCACACUGAGGACACGGUUCCUCACGCUGAGGACAAGGUACCUCACACUAAGGAAAAGGUUCCAUACGCUGAGGACAAGAAUCCACAAGCUGAGGGCAAGGUACCUCACACUGAGGAGAAGGUACCUCACACUGAGGACAAGGUUCCUCACGCCGACGACAAUGUUGUUCACGCUGAGGACAAGGUUCCUCAUGGUGAGGACUAGAUUCCUCACGCUGAGGACAACGUACCUCACGUUCCAUACGCUGAGGACAAGAAUCCACAAGCUGAGGGCAAGGUACCUCACACUGAGGAGAAGGUACCUCACACUGAGGACAAGGUUCCUCACGCCGACGACAAUGUUGUUCACGCUGAGGACAAGGUAUCUCACACAGAGGAGAAGGUACCUCUCACUGAGGACAAGGUUCCUCACCCUGAGGACAAGGUUCCUCAAGCUGAGGACAAGGUUCCUCAUGCUGAGGACAAGGUUCCUCACGCUGAGGACAAGGUACCUCACACUGAGGACAAGGUUCUUCACCCUGAGGACAAGGUUCCUCAUGAUGAGGACACGGUUACUUAUGCUGAGGACAAUGUUCUUCACGCUGACGACAAGGUUCCUCACACUGAGGACAAGGUACCUCACACUAAGGAAAAGGUUCCUCAAGCUGAAGAGAAGGUACCUCCCAUACGCUGA